GGUGCUGCGGGUCUCUCCUCGUCGCGUUCGGGUGGAGUCGAGCCACAUUCUGAGCAGUGACACACUUCAGGACUCGAUCAUGAAGGACGGAAUGGCUAAUAACAGCACCGCCAGCAUCUCUCAGGCCCGGAAAUCUGUGGAGCAGCUGAAGAUGGAGGCGUGUAUGGACCGGAUAAAGGUGUCCAAGGCCGCGGCGGACCUGAUGGCGUACUGUGAUGCUCAUAUACGAGAGGACCCGCUCAUCGUGCCUGUCCCGGCCUCAGAAAACCCCUUCCGGGAGAAGAAGUUCUUCUGCACCAUCCUCUGAGGCCGGGCCGGGCUGCAGGUUCUGCCGCGAGGUUUCCGCGUCUCUGGCUGCCGCCGCUGAGCUGUGUUUGAGUGGCAGCCGCCGCAUCUGUUGACGGUCCCAUCCCUCCUGGACGCCUCUGGGGGGUUUUGGGGGGGAGUCAAUUAACUGGCAACCCGGUCAGACCGUCUCAUGUCUCGUUAAAUAGGUUUGCUAUUACUUCGUAAUUAGAGAACAGCCUUUCUCACUGCUUAUGGGAUGAGAGAUUUGUGUUUUCGUUUGGUUUUGAUAAUUUCUUGUGUCACAGAGAAUGUGAAACCCUGACGUUUUCUAAUAUAUUUAGAUGUUUUUAUGAACUUAUCUGAUAUGCAUUACUGGUCAGAUGUUUGGACACACUUGAGCGAAUCUUCAAAAAAAUAAGUUUAUGCAUUAAUAAUUUACAUGAUUUUUUUUUUACUUUAAACUGAGGACAGAAACAAAAGAACUCAAUAUAACAAUCGUUACUUAUGCAUCCAUGCAUUAAUUAUAUUGAUGGAAAUAUAUGUCGAAUCAUACAGUGGUCAUGAAGUCAUAAACACAAUCCAUUUUCCUGCUAUCGCAAAUAUUUAUUCAUUUGUAGAUUUAAUAGAAAAGUCAUUCUCUCCAUGUUUUGAAUGAUUGAAAUUAGUUGUUGACUAAUUGUAUGAAUUUGUUUACUAAACUGGAAUUUGAUUAAAUUAUUUUAAAACUUGAUUAAUGCCCAAAACGAGAAAGAAGAAGCUCAAAUGUAAGAGAUUUAAUUUGUGUUGCAUGUUUUAAUCUCUCCCGUUUGUUUUAUUUCCUAGCUUUCAUGACUAUUGUCUGUUUUUGAAUAUUAGUCGUAAUAAAAAAAACAAUGCAUCCGAACUUUUGACUUUGAUCUGUAUUUAGAUUUAAAUUCUUAUUUUAUUGAAUUUCUCCUUUUUAUCCAAUAAGGAGUCAUCGCUGCUGAAAAUUCAGCUUUGCAUCACAGGAAUAAAUUGCAUUUUAAAAUAGUUUCAAAUAGAAUCAGUUGUUUUCAGUUCUAAUAAUAUUUCACAAUAUUUUACUGUAUUUUUGAUCAAAUAAAAGCCUUCUUGGUGAGCGUAAGAAAUAAUAGUCGUAAUAAAGAACGAGCAGAUGUGUCCAAACCUUUGACGUGUAGUGCAUCUGUAAUGCAUUUUCAUGUGAGUGAUUUCCCAUCUCUCCCCAUUUUCCGGUACGUUGAUAUCUGAGAUAUUUUUAAUCAGCUUAUGUGAAUCAAAUCUUAUCCGGUUUCCAAAUGACAUUGUGAUACACAGAACCAGAUACCUCUGAAAGGCCUCCUCAACAUUUGUGAUAUGAGUAGAGCUUUGAGCCCUUCAGACCCGAGCUCUUGAAUCUGAAUCAGUUCAGUCUGAACAGUAAUCCUCAUGAUGGUUUCUGGGAUGUGUUGUUGUGUUCUCGACUGUACAGGAGCAUUUUCUGCCCCGUCUGACAUAUAAAAUCCAGCGGGACGGGAGUUUGUGCCGAUAACUGUGAGAUCACACCAUUUUCCUCUUUAUCACAAAGCUUGUUGCUCUGUGUAGGGAAAUCAAACUACAAAUGGCUCACUUAGAAGUGACUCUACACAUUAAAAAAUCCAAAACUGAACACUUGCCUAUAAUUCACUCACUCUCAGGUUAAGAUCAGGAUGGGUUUGUUUCUCCAUCAUGUUUGUAGAAAUGUAGCAUUGCAUCAGUGUCUCAUCAAUGGAUGCUCUGAA